GAUAUUCAGUGAAACUUUCUUCACAAAUGCCUAGAAUCGAUAAAAAGGAACAAUGUUUAUGUUUACGACUGCGUCGAAUGUUUCUCUUGAAACAUGUCAAACAUAAAUUAAAUAUAUUAUAUUUUUUUACAAUGCUUGUUAGUUCAAUAUAAUAUUGCAAAGUUUACUUAGAAUUACUUAAAAUGCUUGAUAUAGAGCAGGAUGUUACUCAAAUCCAAGGAGGUGACAAGCGAGAUAUAAUAAUUAAAGAAUACCAUGAAAUCGUGGAGGGCCUUAAACGAGAUUUGCAGUUAUGCAAGGUACAACAAAAUACUAUAAGAACAGAACUGGAAACUCUGAAGAAUGAAAACCAAAAGACUGAUGAUAUUAAAGAAUCUAUUAAUCGUAUUCAUUUAGAAGAAUGUAGUAAUCAAGAUUUGUAUAAAAAGCAAGUAACUAAUUUACAAGAGCGUAUUGAACUUUUGGAAACAGAGAAGAGCUCAGCAUUACAAUUAUGGCAUAUUUCUUUGAAUACCAUAAGUGCCUUAGAAGAGGAAUUGAAGAAAUUUCGAUCAGAUGGACAAGGGACAAAAUUUUAUCAGGAACAGGCGAAUGUAAUCAAGGAAAGUUAUUCGGAAGCUAUUAAAAUGUUGCAGGAGAAACUCUCACAGGCUAAAGAAAAUAUGAUGAAAUAUCAAACACUGCACCAAACCAGCAAAGAAAAAAUUGAGAAUUUGUCCAAAGAGAGAGAUGAACUCUUGGAAAAAUUGAGAAGUUUACAAAAGGAUACCCAAGAUAAAGACAGGAAUUAUCAGGUGACUAUAGAAACAUUGAAACAAGAAUUGGCUUAUGCUAAAACAGAAGCUAAUAAAAUGGUACAAACAAAAAUGGAAUUGGAGAAAAAAUUACAUGAAGUUAAGAGAUAUGCAGAAAAUGUGCUAGAGAAAGAUAAAGAAACAAAGAAGAAGAUGGCAGAAGCUAUUGAACUGAUAGAGUCUGCAGUUAGAGAAAAAGAUGUGGUGCUCCACCGUGAAGCUCUUAUUUUGGAAGAAAAGGCUAGAUUAGAACAUAGACUAAAUAUAAUAGCAAAUGAAUAUGAUACCAAAAUACAGGAACUGAAUGUGAAAACUAAAGAUGAAAUUGAAUUAAACACAAAGAGAUACUUAACAGAAAUUAAAGAACUUAAAGCAGAAUUGAAGGAAAAAACAAUGGUAGCAGAGAAAGCACAAAGAGAAUUGAAAUUUUCUGAGGAUGAAUUAGCUAGAGUUCAAAAAGAUUUAAAUACGAAGUUACUAGAUUAUGAACAAAAAGCAAAGCGUUUGGAACUGCAAUUACAGGUGUAUGAUGAAGCAGUAGGUAAAAAUAAAUAUGAUGUAGAAAUGAAACACUUGAAAGAGAAAAUUGUUACACUUGAAAGUCAAUUAAAUGCUUCAAAUAGUAAACUGUAUAAAUUAGAACAACAACAAACUAAUAAUAUAGAAGAUCAAGUGAAAAGAGCCGAUCGCGAAAAUCGAGAUAUAAUGAAACAGUACUCUGACUUGGAGAGUCAGUUAGCUAAAACUUUAGGUGAUAAAGAAAAUCUCGUAUCGCAAUUAAAAUCACUGAAACAAGAUUUUGAUUAUGAAAUACAAAAAAGAGAUAAUGAAAGAUAUUCCCUCGAAAAUAAAAUUCGAGAAUUAGAGGUUAAUCUUCAAAAAGCGAAUAGUGUAAGGGAAAAUAAAUUGCGGGACGCUCUUACCGAUGAUGCUUAUGAUAUCAAAAACAAACGUUUUGAUAUAACGGUAGAAAAUAAAUGUAAUUGCUGUCAGUCAGUAUUAUCAGAUCAUAUGAAUAAACUGCAGGAGAAGUUUGAUAGGAAAACAAAGGAAUUAAUUCAACAUGUUCAAGUUCAUCAGAAAUUAAGUAAAAAGUGGAGAGAUGAGGCAAAGUCAUUAACAGUUAAAUUUCAAGGAAGAACUAAGGAAUUGAGAGGCAAAAUAAAUUCAUUACAAAAGGAAAAUAACGAAUUAUAUACUGAAUUAUUAACUUGCAAGCAACAGUUGGCACAAAAUGCAGUCCAUGACAUACAAAGGCUUAAUGAAGCAAGUGAAAUUAGGUGACAAUAUUUUCUUUCAUUCAUAGAAACUUCACAGUGUAUGAUGAUCAAUGUAAAUAUUAUAACAUAUAUAAAUUUAUUCACAUUAAAAAUACAUUUUAUACCACA